CUUGCGGCUUUGUGGGCGGAGCUUGCGCAGCCGCCGGGACCCCUGCGCACACCGCCCUCCGCGCCUGGCCCCCGCGGGCCUUUGCCGACACGCACUUCCUGCGAGGCCUCCGUGCGCACCUUAGCCGAGCCCCAGCGAGCCGAGCCCAGCAUUGCCCUUGCAAGCCAUUCGCCAUGGUGGACGAGCUGGUGCUGCUGCUGCACGCGCUGCUGAUGCGGCACCGCGCCCUGAGCAUCGAGAACAACCAGCUCAUGGAACAGUUGCGGCUGCUGGUGUGCGAGAGGGCCACCCUGCUGCGCCAGGUACGUCCGCCGAGUUGCCCGGUGCCCUUCCCCGAAACGUUUAACGGCGAGAGCUCCCGGCUCCCUGAGUUUAUCGUGCAGACGGCGUCUUACAUGCUCGUCAACGAGAACCGAUUCUGCAACGACGCCAUGAAGGUGGCAUUCCUAAUCAGCCUGCUCACCGGGGAAGCCGAGGAGUGGGUGGUGCCCUACAUUGAGAUGGAUAGCCCCAUCCUAGGUGAUUACCGGGCCUUCCUCGAUGAGAUGAAACAGUGUUUUGGCUGGGAUGACGAUGAAGAAGACGACGACGACGACGAAGAUGAUGAUUAUUAGGCCCUGAGACCCUCUGGCCUAGGUGGGAGGGCCCUGCACGCCGCCUCCGCCCCCCCAACUCUCGCCCUGCCGGGAGCCGCCGCUCUCCCCCUCUCCUUCCUAUCCCCUUCCCUAUCCCUGUCCUCCCAUUCCUUCCCUCAUGCCCCCCCACCCCCCGCCCCCACUGCGUAGAGCUUGUCUUUGUUCCAGGCAUUAGUGCUCCAGUUACCUGCUGCUGGGGCUGAGGCCUCGCUCUGAAGCGGGCCAUCACCCACUCUGGCCAGCCCCAGGACCCUCCCCUGCUAAUUUGGACUGUGUCCUGAGCCCCACCUAUAGGUCAGGAUCCUGUUACAAACUGGUCAGCCUACUCACAGCCCUGAGUCCAACUGCCAGGCCUACAUCUUCCCAGAGACUUAAAGCUGCCACUUCAUCAUCGUCCGCUACGUCCCGGCGACAGACCACCACCUUUGGAGAUAAGGGUCAACCUAGAAGAUCCCCGAGUUGGCUACACCUCCUCGGACAUAGAUUUGGACAGCUCACCAACCCUUUAAGGGGGCAGUCUUUCAGCCUGGUUAGUUCCCUACCUGCUCCCAGAGUCCUCUCUUGCCCCACCAAAUGGCUGUGGGGUCCUAGAGUGCCUGGCAGCCAGAUGGUUGACAUUUCUGUUCUCCUAUGCACCAGUUUUGCACAGCUGUCAUUUUUUUUUUUUCAAAAUUGCAGCAGUUCCACAGAUGUAUGCAUUUGGACAAAAAUACUAAAAACAAACAGACAAAAUCAGGCACUUGGCCCAGCUCCUCAAUACUACCUGGAAAAAGCGCUUGUUCUUUUCAAUAAAUAUCAAGCACUACUGAAAAAAGAAAGGAGUGUCUUUUAAUGGUUAAGUGCUAUCAUUGGCCUCUACAACUCUCACUUUGAGUCCCAUUAUUGCCACUGAGAUCAGGGCACCUGAGUCAGUUAUUCCCCACUGUCAUCUCUAGGCUACAGAGGACAGCUACCACAGGACUUUGGUGGGAUUCUGCUGCUCCCCUCACCAAAGCAUUUCUUAAAGCCCUGGCGAAGGGAGUGUCCUCUGGGGCCUCCAGGGUGGCAUGGGUAAGGGGUGACUGAGCAGGUGGCACACCAUCCCAAACUGGGACACUUUUGAGAGUGAAAGGGAUGCUAUUAUUAAUUAGACUGAGACAACAGGCGUAAAUCUGGACAUAUACGAUAUUCCUAUCUUCCUGAGCCUUUAGGUUCCUUAGCACUGCCAGAGAAGUUCUGUCUCUUAAUUCUUAUUGCCUUUGGGCUGCUGUUGAGUUCACGCUUCAGUUAACAAAGUAGCACAUUGUUUUAAUGCCCGUCUCAGCUACUUUAACAUUAAAUCCUGAUUCUUUGGUGAGUGCACCCAUAAUAAAUAGAGCCUGAUUUUAACAUUUUAUCCUCCUUGGGCAGACACCUUUAGAGUCCCCACCCAUACAAAUGCCCCAAGUUAGUGCCUGUAGAAAUUGGCACUGUGCCUGGCUAUCUCCUGAACUAGACCUUGUUCUGCUAUCUGGGCUAUGCUGAAAUCUCUGUGGGCUGUGAGAAGCCAGAGGCAGUGAGGGAGUGGGCUGGGUGCUGAGAAUAAUCUGCAUAGUUUUGUGAGGCCAUUACCCAAGGUUAAGUCAUUGCAAUGUGUUAAAUCGGAGGAGCUUGGUCGGGGGAUUUGUGGGGGCUACCUUUGCCAGCCAGGAAUGUUCAGGAGGAUUUGAGUUCAGAGUUUUCACUCUCGUCUAUAUCUGCAAAUGUCCUCAUUGUACCAUGCCUGGAGCCACCCUACUUUAGCACCUCUAAUUUAGACAAUAAAUUUCCUUGUUGUUUAAGACCUUU